AUGAGUGCCAUGACUGCCGCCGCUGGACGUUUCGUUGCGCACGCCGCUGCGAAAAUGACGACGAAAAUGACGACGAGGAGGAAAAGGAAUUGUUGUUGUUACUGCACGAAACGAGUCGCAUUUUUAGGCACUCCCGAAGUCGCCGCGAAAGUCUUCGAACGGUUACACGAGGCGUCCGUGAACUCGAACGGUUUGUUUGAGAUUGCUGCGGUGAUAUCGCAACCGGGGCGACCCAGAGGACGAGGGAGGAAAUCGUCUGGGCCACCACCGCCGUCACCGGUGACGCAAUCAGCAAUAGAUAGAGGCGUAGAUGAAGCUAAACUGCUGAAUCCUGCGAAAGCGAACGAGCCGGAGUUUUUAGAGACGCUGGCGAAGAUGAACUUGGACUUGUGCGUGACGGCGGCGUACGGGAACUUUUUACCGCAAAAAUUUCUCGAUAUUCCAAGAUUGGGGACGUUGAACAUUCAUCCUUCGCUGUUGCCGCAGUUCAGAGGUGCGGCGCCUGUGCAGAGGUGCAUAGAGAGCGGGUUAGAGGAAACAGGAGUGACCGUAGCGUUUACGGUUCUUAAGAUGGACGCCGGUCCGAUUUUAACGCAAACAAAGUACAAAAUGAACGGAUCCGAGAAGGCGCACGAAAUGUUGGACGUUUUGUUUGAUAUCGGCGUCGAGUCUUUGAUUGAACAGCUACCAAAGGUUUUCACCGGAGAAGCUGGUGAGAUUGCGAAAGACCAAGGCGAAGAAGGGUUGAGUCACGCGGAUAAAGUAUCAUCGGAGGAAGGAGAUUUGGAUUUUAGCGCGCUUUCUGCAUUGGAAGCGCACAACAAAGUGAGAGCGUUUGAUGGAUGGCCAGGGACGAAAGCGACGUUUAUCAUUCAAGACGAGAAGAAAGGUGGAGAGCCGAAAGAGAUUGUCGCGAAAAUACUCACGACGAAAGUUGGCGGUAGCGUAGAAGGAGGAGAAAAAGUCGUAAAAGUCGCGAAGAAACAGUUUUCGAUUCCGUGCAAGGGCGGCGAAUAUCUCGACGUGCUCGAAGUUCAACCUCCGGGAAAGAAACCGAUGGACGUCGCGUCUUUCGUGAAUGGAUUAAAAGGCUCUAGCGUUAGUCUGCCUUAG